AUGUCCUUUGAGUCUCCAUAUAACCGCAACGUGUACAUUGCCAGUCUUCCGGCAAAUUACACUGAUGAAGAGCUCCGUGCUUUGUUCUCACCCUACGGAAAGAUUCUCUCUACAGCUCUUGUGAAAGACAAGAACACGGGACUCUGUAAGGGUUACGCUUUUGUUCUUAUGGAAAGAUAUCAAGAUGCGUACAAUGCUGUUAUUGCUCUUCAGGGUCACAGUAUUGCCAAUGUUCGUGUACAAGUGCGCCUGGCUCGAGCAGAGGCGUCAGCAAAAAAAGUAUAUCCUCUUCUUUGUCAACAGACGAUGCUGUACGAUCUCGCACCACAGCCAACGCUUGUUUUUGUGUAUCCGCAGCCCUAUGUCAUGACUCAAUGA